AUGCAGCAAAUGACUAAUUUAUUGACCCAAGUGGUGCAGCAGCAGGGUCAAAACCCUAAUCCUAACCCUGGAAACCCUGGCAACCACGUGGAGAGCGAGGACAGGGCUUUCGAGAGAUUCCAGAAGUUUGCCCCACCAAAGUUCCUUGGGGGGCCCGAUCCAGAUGUAGCCGAAAGGUGGCUAGAGAAAAUGGUGGAUAUUUUUGCUGCCCUGCACUACACUGAGGAAAGGCAGGAACGGAAGGAAGAUGAAUUUAUUCGGCUGCGUCAGGGAGCUCAGUCCGUAGCAGAGUACGAGAGCCAGUUCACCCGCCUAUCCAAAUUUGUCCCCGAGCUAAUCAUGACCGAGCAACGGAUGAUAAGGCGCUUUGUUCAGGGUCUGAAUGUAGAAAUAGAAAAGGACCUCGCGGUGGCCCAGAUUAACGCUUUUAGCGAGGCCGUGGAAAAAGCCCAGCAGAUGGAAAGCGCUAGGCUACAAGUGAGAAACUUCCAGGCAAAGAAGCGAGGCUUUCCUAGGAGCAGUUCAGGGCAGGGGGAUAAGAGUGCCCCUCCCAAGUACGGACGGGGAGCCGAAGAUGGAAGGCAGACGGGCGCAGGUAGAGGGGCUCAGUCUAGGGGUGGUCCGGCUGGGAGAGGCCAGGGAGGAAGUUUCUAG